UCUUCUGGGGGCCGUUUUAUCAAAGUGUCGCAGAUAACGACAAAAAUUGGUCGCAGACGUUAUUCUGCGACUUUGUCUUACGACCGUUUUACUAAAGGUGUCGUAGGAUCGAUGUCGCUACAAUGUCGCAGUCUUUGUCGUAGACAAUAAAUCACGCGAGUCACAGUCUGUGUAUACAUUUCCGGUGACGUCAAAUUGUUGUCUAUCACAAAAUGUCAGACGAUAAGGUCACUAAAAAAUCGAAGUGGAGCGAAGGGGAGGUUAUUUUGUUGGUGGAGGAGGUUACUGGGAAUGAGAAAUUGGGGAGAAAGUUUAGCCCGGACAACACAGCAGUUGAUAGGACCAGGUUUUGGUCUGAAACUACUAAAAAAAUCAAUGCUGUUGGAGGAAAGGAGAGGAAUGUAAAGCAGGUAGAGAAGAAAUGGAGAGAUCUUAAGAGCCAAACAAAAUCAAGGGAAGUGAAGAGGCGGACAGAGGCCAAGAAGACAGGUGGGGGAGUAAGCGAAGCGCCAUGUCUGUCAUCUUUGGAAGAGAAGAUACUUGGUACUCUACCAUCUUGUUCUUUGGAUGGAAUUCCUGGUGGGAAAGAUUCGAGUCUUGAUUCCAGUAUGCAUGAUGACAGUAAUUCCGAGACAAAUUUGAAUGAGAUUUUACAGACAAGAUCAGAUGGAGAAAGAAUGUUCCAUCAAAAGGUACAGGAAACUAUUUCAGUGAAAGCUGCUGAAAAAGCUAAAGAUUCAUCACGUCAACCUGAUUUAGCAUUUUCGAAGAGUACGGCAGUAACUGGGAAGAGUUUACAGAAGAGAGCAAUAAGUGGAACUGAGGAAUUUAUUUACAAGAUGGAGGAGAAGAAAGUGGCGGAGUUACAGUUAAUUAACAAAACGCUCUCCAGCAUUGACAGCAGUUUGAAAGAACUUGUUGCAAUAAAAAAAAAGAAAUUAGAAACUGAGAUUGAGAGCAACUUUUUGCACCAGUUUGAAUUUUAAACAUUGAUAAAUCUUUAAUACUUUCAAAUCAAAGGAAAAGCUUGUUAACACUAGAUAUCACAAUUUUGGCCCAAUCUUAAUGAAACUUGCUUAGAAUUUUACCUAGAGCCAUCUUGGCCCUCUUAUUACCCAUUUCUUACCCAUCCUGGCGUCAGUGUCACUGCUAGGUGAAUGUUUUGCAUGCAAGUUCAGUUAGCUAUCAUUGGCAUAUAGCUUUUAAACUUUCUUUUCUUUUUCUAGGUCUAUUAUAAAACUGACUGGGUCAAGUUCCAUAACUCUGACAUGUAUUUUGAGCAAAUUGUGGCCUUCUUGAUUUUUCACUUGCAAGUUACUGUCUCCAGAACUAAUGCAGAUAUUGAAACUUUGCAUGUGUUUUCAGGAUCAUAAAACUAGUCGGCAGCAUAAAAUUCAAUAGCUUUGUCAAGCAUUUUGUCUAAAUCAUGCCCCUUUUUGGAAUAGAAAAUCCUGGUUAAAGUUUUGCAUGCAAGUGCAUACAGCUAUAACCUUGAGGCAUGCAGAUUAGAAAUUCAUUUUUUUUUGCCAACCUCACUGGGUCGAGCCCCUUAGUCUAACAUGUAUUUUGGGCAUAUUAUGUCCCCAUUUGGACUUAGAAAAUUCUGGUUUAGAUUUUACAUGCCAGUUACUACCUGCAGAACAAAUGGUGAUAUUAUAUUGAAACUUCACAUGUUUUAAAAGUAUUUGCCAGCAUCAAGUACCAUAAAUCUGACAUGCAUCUUCAUCAAAUUGUGUCCCCUUUUAAAUUUGAAAUUUGUGGUUAAAGUUUUGAAAAUAAAGUUUAACAUGCAGGUCACUAUCUACAAAACUAAUGCAGAUACUGGAUUGAAACAUAUUUUAACAUUUAGGGUAAUAUUUUCCUGCUUCUUGGACAGUAAUUCGAACAGUCAAGCAUUCGCUGUCUAACAGACAGCUCUUGUUUAUAAAAAAAUGUUAGUGGUAGACCUUUUUCAUUUUUUAGCUCACCUGAGCACUAAGUGCUCAAGAUGAGCUUUUGUAAUGUGAUCACCCUGUGUCUGUUGUCUGUCGUCAUCAACAAUUUGACUGUUAACACUCUAGAGGUCACAGUUUUGGCCCAAUCUAAAUUAAACUUGGAUAGAAUGUUACCCUCAAAUAAUCUUGGACAAAUUCGAUAUUGGGUCAUCUGGGGUCAAAAACUAGGUCACCUGGUCAAAUCAAAGGAAAAGUUUGUUAACACCCUAAAGGUCACAAUUUUGGCCCAAUUUUAAUGAAACUUGGUCACAAUGUUACCCUCAUUAAAAUCUUGGAUGAGUUUUAUAUUGGGUUAUCUGGACUCAGAAACUAGGUCACUAAAUCAAAUCAAAGGAAAGGCUUGUUAACACUCUAGAUGUCACAAUUUGGGCCUAAUCUUAAUAAAACUUGGUCAGAAUGUUACCGUCAAUAAAGUCUAGGACGAGUUUGAUAUUGGGUUAUCAGGGUUAAAAAACUAGGUCACCAGGUCAGAUCAAAGGAAAAACUUGUUUACACUGUAGAGGCCACAUUUGCGACUGUAUCAUCAUGAAACUUGGUCAGAAUGUUAAUCUUCCUUAUCUAUAGGUCAAGUUCAAAUCUGGGUCAGGUGGGGUCAAAAACUAGGUCACUAGGUCAUUCAAGGGAAAAGCCUGUUAACACUAGAGGCCACAUUUAUGAUGUAUCUUCGUGAAACUUAUUGAGAAUGUUAAUCUUGAUGACCUUUGGGUCAGGUUUGAAUCUUAGUCAUGUAGGGUCUAAAACUAGGUCACAGGGUCAAAUCAAAGGAAAAGCUUUUUAACACUUUAGAGGCCACAUUUAUGACUGUAUCUUCUUGAAACUUAGUCAGAAUGUUAAUCUUGAUGAUCUUUAGGUCAAGUUAGAAUCUUUGUCAUGUGGGGUCAAAAACUAGGUCUCAGGGUCAAAUCAAAGGAAAAGCUUUUUAACACUAUAGAGACCACAUUUAUAACUGGAGUGUAAUAAAGCCAUUAAAUAAAAAUGAUAAUACACUAGUGUAAUAAAGCUUUGACGUCGACGUCAUUUAUAGUAUAGGCUAUGUCGGUCAAAUUGUCUUGUUUAUUUAGUAAAAGAAAGUCGAUUUUUUGAUGUUUCGACAAGAAAGGCUUACAUGUGAUAAAAAGAAUAUUACAUUUGUGACUUUCCACAUUGAAUAUAUUAAACUCGUUCAAUAAAAUUGAUAAAAUGCUUGGCAUAGCCUCGCAUUUUAUCAUUUUAUUCAACUCGUUUAAUAAAUUCAAUAUGAAAAGACACUCGUGUAAUAUUCUAUAUUAAUUUUAAUAUGAUUUAGUGCAUUACACAAAUCUAAUAUUACUUUCAGUGGAAUAUAUUGUCUUACAAGCUGUUAUUUGUCAAAUACACAUUAAUGUGUAUUAUUUACAUUUGAAAUAUCAGGACUUUUACACAUUUCACUGUAAUUUUCCAGAGUUUUAUUUUCUUUGUUGUUAUAGUAAUAUGAAUAAUUUAUUGUAUAAUUUCAUAAUGAUUUAGCUUCAAUAAAUUUGUUAACUUAUCCUAA